AUGUCGGAGUCGGUGCUCCGCAAGGUGCUCGUCUCCUACUGCUACGUCGCGGUGUGGAUCUUCCUCUCCUUCACCGUCAUCGUCUACAACAAGUACAUCCUCGACCCCAAGAUGUACAACUGGCCCUUCCCCAUCUCGCUCACCAUGGUGCACAUGGCCUUCUGCUCCUCCCUCCCCAUCGGCGCGCUCUACUCGCUCUCCCUCUGGUUCUCCAACUCCGCCUACAUCUACCUCUCCGUCUCCUUCAUCCAGAUGCUCAAGGCGCUCAUGCCCGUCGCCGUCUACUCCAUAGGGGUGCUCUUCAAGAAGGAGACCUUCCGCUCCUCUGCCAUGCUCAACAUGCUCUCCAUCUCCUUCGGCGUCGCCAUCGCCGCCUACGGCGAGGCCCGCUUCGACCUCCGCGGCGUCGCGCUCCAGCUCGCCGCCGUCGCCUUCGAGGCCACCAGGCUCGUCCUCAUCCAGAUCCUCCUCACCUCCAAGGGGAUCUCGCUCAACCCCAUCACCUCGCUCUACUACGUCGCGCCCUGCUGCCUCGGCUUCCUCUUCCUGCCCUGGGUCUUCGUCGAGCUGCCCAGGCUGCGCGCCGUGGGCAUGUUCGAGCCUGACUUCUUCGUCUUCGGCACCAACUCCCUCUGCGCAUUCGCGCUCAACCUGGCCGUCUUCCUGCUCGUGGGCAAGACGUCGGCGCUCACCAUGAACGUCGCCGGCGUUGUCAAGGACUGGCUGCUCAUCGCCUUCUCCUGGUCCGUGAUCCGGGACACGGUGACCCCGAUCAACCUCUUCGGCUACGGGAUCGCCUUCCUGGGCGUGGGCUACUACAACCACGUGAAGCUGCUGCAGGAGCGCGACUCUCACGGCGAGCGCAAGACCGAGACCCAGUCAUAG